CAGACAUGGUCAACAAGUUCUUUCUCCGCGGCCUUGGGUUCCUCAACGAUGCGUACGACCUCUCGGUCAUCAACAUCAUCAACGUCAUCUUGGAGCACCAGUACGGCAAGAACGUCUUUGACUCGAACAUGAAGUCGAGCGUCUCGACGUCGGCGCUCAUUGGCGCCGUCCUCGGCCAGCUCGUCUUUGGCGUCCUCGGUGAUAUUUACGGCCGUAAGAACUGCAUGGUGGCGACUUGUGCGCUCCUCAUCAUCGGUGGCAUCCUCUGUGCGGCAGCCUACGGC